AUGGGGGACUUCGUGUACCCUAGGCAUGGCUGCAUCCAGGAGCUAAUGCUGAAGGAGGCGGCCUGGACGGCGAAGUUCAUCCGCCGCCAGCGCGAGGAGGAGGCAGAGGAACGGGCUUUGCAGCAGCAGCGCUCGAAGUGGGAGCAGCAGGCUGAGGACACCAUCGUGAAGUUCCUGAACUCUCCAAGCUCGACGCUCCCAAAGGCCAAACGCGUCGCUACCCCUGCAGCUGAGACACACAACGGCGCCAGCAAGUGA